GCAUGCAGCAUCUGCGGAGAAGGCGUGACGCCUGAGCACGUUGCAAGUGAUGAGAAGGCACCUAGGCAGUACUUUGACUGGUCGAGAUGGUCUCUUGAAAUAUGUUGUGCAUGUAAUGGUACAUUUUCUUUCGUUUCUGCAACCGUACCGAGUAGAGUGGACAGUGUGAACUCGAACCCGUUCAGUCUUCAGCUGUAGUACGGUAGAUAGUAGCAGUCGUUCGACUGAUGACAAGUGAGAGAUCCUGAAAAGUCGAUGAGAACCGAAUCUCGCUCAUGUUUCAAGACGGACAUGGUCGCCAUCUUCGAUCGAGGUUCAACCAAACCCAUGGGUUUGACCUUCUCACGUCAGCGAUUUCUUGAGGUUUUGGCUUGAUGGCUCUGAGCGGUGCGGUCCAUGCCGCCGUCCACACCGUUGAGUGUCUAGAGACGCCCUUCUUACCCCGCGAUGGGACCUUGUCUGGACCUGAUAACGUGCACAGAAACAAAGAUUGCGCUAUGUGUUGUCACGGUAGUCUUAUCAAUCAUGGCUCACCUUGGAAAGGCGUGAUGUUCCACAACGUAGCCGACCCAGAGACACGGCUGAUAAGUAGCAGUUCGGCAACAGGACCCUCCGAGAUGUGUGAAGGAACCGUUCAAGGCUAGUGAGUCGCAAAAUGACAAAUGUUGUGAGGAUUGUCGAAUGGACCUGGAACCCAUCGGUCUCGAUAAACGAAUCGUAAGAAGUAGUGCGAUCCCAGAAAUGUGGUCUUGUUUGCAAUGCGAACGAAUUGCGAUAGGGUUGGGGAUAUCGC